GAUGAAUUGGAAUAAAGGUACCUCCUUCAGUGCUAGUAAGUCGAAGACAGUGCUGAUCUAACGAACAUGAAAUAUAUCAAAGACAUUAUAUUUACUGAUUUGUCAAGAAGUGCAAAGAAAGUUAUCAUCUUCAGAACGCAGGUAAGUUGAAGAUUACUGAUCUGCCAUGUGCAAAGAUUUUUUUUCUUAGCAUAUAAAAGUAAAAGACAUUAAUGUUCUUAAAGAAGUUCUAGGAAGUUACUGUUGUAAGGGCAUUAAGUUAGUGGAAGACAAUGAUCAAGCCAAGCAGCGCAUUUCAAGAAAAUUAAUUUCCUCAGAGUGAUAAGUAAGAUUAAGACAAUACUUAGCUUGCAAGAGGUAUGAGGUAUGAAAAAAAAGUGAUCAGAAAAGUAACCUUCUUAAGGACACAAUGUCAAAGAUAGUACUAACCUUUUAAAAAGUUCAAAGGAGGAUUAUCUCCUUUCUAUUAUGAUCUUUCAAUAAGUGUGAAGUUAUUUUCUUGAGAACAGAAAAUAAAGAUAAGGACAAAACUUGACCUAUGGUCUGAAGCUAUCUAAUCACUGUUAGAGGAUUACAAAAUCAUUCAAUCCUUAGGAUUAGUGAUAAUCCUUCACCAUUCAGGAUCUAAAAUUAACCAUUGGAUAAAAAUUUCCUUUGUCACAAGAAUUGAUGAGAGUACCGGACACUGGAGCAAAUAUCCUCCACCAGCAAUGCCAUGAUCAUAUAAAGCCACUGACAUGGUGGCUUCAUAUCAAGGUUUUGCUUCAUAGGUGGAAGAAGUCAAAGAAAAAGUUUCUUAAUAAAGCUUUGUGAAAGCUGGUCAGGUGGAGAUUACAGAAUAGGUUACUUGAAAGAACGAGGAAUAAGGAUUAUGCAGUUUCACUUGCCAAACCAUUGGAACUAACUUUGCUAAUUUAUAAAGGCAAGAUAGGUUAAUGCAAUGGAUACACAGAAAUCCUUUAUUCCGGUAUUAUAAUUCUAUUUGCGAUGAGGUAGUGUGUCUGUCUGGCUUUCUGAAUCUCCAGACGAAAGAUUUUGAGAAGUAGUGCUGCGAGACUAAUAUAUCACUCCAAGUCCAACUCUGUGAAGAUCAUUUGAAAGUGAAUUCUACAUGUUUUUCAUGUCAUAAUGCAGAGUCUCAAACAUCUAAAGAAUUACAUUUGCGUGUGUGGGAUGGAAUUGUAAUACUUACAUGUACAUGUAUUACCACUGAAUAAUAGCGCUAAGCUUCUUGGGAAACCUAUGCUACUUAAACAGCUUGUCAAUGGUCGGACAAUUCUUUCCUACCCUAAUCCUUCACCCACUACAAUGUACUCACAUACCUGUCAAAGAGCCUAGGGUAUCCAGUGGUCAGGAUUAGAAGGGUUAAUCUCUCAAUGAAUACCAGUUUGACCAGUCAAACUUUGACCAGUGACUGACUAAUUCCUUUCAAAUGGCCUCUUCUCCAAUCCAUAAUUCAUUCUUUCUUUGUGUGGCACCAAGUUGCAAAGGACAUGAUACAUCCAGUGUAUUGUUAUUGCAAUCCUUCUACCAGAAAGUGCUACUGCAGUCCCACCCCCAGGUUUAUUUGUUGGGGAGUUCUUGUUCUGCUCGGCUCCCGUAGUGCAUUGCCCCGCUGCAGUGUCAGGGGGUCGUAACAGGUCCAGACAAGUUCCAACUUGAAUCGCUGCCCACGGAACACAUGUUUGUGGAAUGCAUGAAAAGCCUGGAAAGUUUACUGAAAUGCCUCAUUUUUCAAGCCAAGGGCCAACCACAAACAUAUUGGAACAUUCUACCUCUUUCUAUGAUGUGCCUUGGAAUUAUAUUGGAAUAAGAGUCCUUGGUGCCUUAAUUUCUCGAUCUUCGUGAUAAUUUCUGCAUCAGAAAAAAGUUUCCAUGUAUUUAGGUUUCUUGUGAUUUCGUUUUGCCUUUGAAAGAACUUCGCAUUAUAAGUUCUAAGUUCUAUAGGAUGUGUCAGAAAUGUAAUUCUCGUUUGUGUAUGUGCUGGAUACAGAUGUAGUGAAGUUCUACGAAAAUUGGAUACAUGUUGGAUAUAUGCCCUUGUAUUCUACGUAACUUGCAAAUUGGAUACCAGAAAAAUGAAUGGACAGAUUCAUAGACUUUCCUCUAUUGUUGAACAAUUUGGUGACGAUUGAUUUUGCACUUCAUGUUGUGAAAUAAGUUGGACAAAGUACACAUUAGAAUUUCAAACUUCCUAGAUGGAAAUAAAUUCAUGGUUGCAGUACUAUAGUGCCCUCUAUCAUUGAGAAUACAGUUUUUUACUCUAGUCAUUGUUUGAUGUCCUUUCAGUUUAAAUUUCUGGCAAAGUUACGAAGUGAUGCAGAAGUUCCAGAUUUAAGACAUAUUGUUUGGAUGGUGAUGUUAACUGCUGGCCCCAGAUUUAAAUAAUCAAAUUAAUCAUAUCUGAUUGAUUCACAUUUGUAAAAACUAAAUCACAAAAAAAAAACUCCUUUAAAAAAUUCCUGAUUAUCACCAAGACCAAAUCAUGAGGGAAUUGCUUGACUUCGAGUUGUUCUUUUCGCUGUGGGACGAUGAUUUGAUACGGAAACCAAAGACCUACCAUAACAUUUAUGAAGAAGGGAUUCUUUGGAGAUACCAGAUUAUUUCUGUGGUCGGAUGCGGUGCUCAUGGAAAGGUUGCGAAAGCAUUCGACCACCAAGAGCAGGAAUAUGUUGCAAUAAAGAUCAUCAAGAACAAGAAGCCUUUCCUCAACCAAGCACAGAUCGAGGUCCGACUUCUAGAGCUCAUGAAUAAACAUGAUGCUGACAGCAAGUAUUAUAUAGUUAAACUGAAGCGGCACUUCAUGUUCCGAAACCAUCUCUGUCUCGUCUUCGAGCUUCUAUCCUACAACCUCUACGACCUCCUCCGGAACACCAACUUCCGGGGCGUGUCUCUCAACCUCACCCGCAAGUUCGCCCAGCAGAUGUGCACAGCCCUUCUGUUUCUGGCCACGCCCGAACUCAACAUCAUCCACUGCGACCUGAAGCCCGAGAAUAUCCUCCUGUGCAAUCCCAAGCGAAGCGCGAUCAAGAUCAUCGACUUUGGUAGCUCCUGUCAGCUCGGACAGAGGAUAUACCAAUAUAUCCAGAGUCGGUUCUACCGGUCGCCAGAGGUGUUAUUAGGUAUAUCAUACGACAUGGCUAUUGAUAUGUGGAGUCUGGGCUGUAUACUGGUGGAAAUGCACACGGGUGAACCACUCUUCAGUGGAUCAAAUGAGGUUGACCAGAUGAACAAGAUUAUUGAAGUGUUAGGGAUGCCGCCAAACCAUAUCAUCGAACAGGCUCCGAAAGCUCACAAAUACUUCAUCAAGACAGAAAAGAAUUGGGUACUCAAAAGGAGUCGGGAUGGAAAGAAGUACAAGAGUCCAGGAACGCGGAAGCUCCACGAUAUCUUAGGGGUGGAGCUUGGAGGUCCCGGCGGUAGAAGAGCGGGUGAACCUGGUCAUACUGUCUCUGAUUAUCUCAAAUUCAAGGACCUCAUUCUAAGGAUGUUGGAGUACGAUCCCGCCGUCAGGAUAAAACCCUACUAUGCUCUCCAGCACUCCUUCUUCAAGAGGACGGCCGACGGUAGCACCAAUACGUCCAAUAGCACGUCGGCAAGUCCAGCCAUGGACCAGGCCGGUAGUCCGCCCGCUGAGCACUCGUCUGGGUCUAGCUCAGGAGGGGCUACAGGGGGCUCCAACCACGGCUCUGGGUCCGGUGGAAGGGCGCAGUCUGACCCCACCCAUCAGAAUAGCACUACAAACCACGCCCUCGGACACCAGCACGCUGGCAACUCAUCGGGAACUAUGGACUAUGAAUCAAUGUCAUCGCACUCCAGCUUGACUUCGGGGAUGUCGAGCGGGGACGUCGUGUUUGCGUCAUCGUCGAGCAGUGCUCGUGGACACUCUAGCUCGCAUACGUAUCCCCAUCCCCACUCGCAUAGUCGCAAGCACCACCAUCAUCACUCGUCGCAUGGACAUAGCCUCCCGUCGCCAGCUGUUCCGGCCAGCAAUGUGAAUUUAUCUCAGACUGUGAUUCAAGCUCCUAUAGUGACAAUGGGUAUUCCGACGAUACCGGUGACAAUGGGGAUGCCGCACGUGCAUCAGGCUGGUAUCGUCACGACGCCGGGUUACGUGUAUUCCUCGCACAGUUCGCUGGAGAAUACUCAGAGCAGCUCGUUAAGUAGUGGUUCGUUAAACAUGCCUAUGGGCGCUUAUGCAAUACCGACUCACCACCACCCGUCGUCGUCGACGCAACAGACGCUUAUAAACAAUCCCCAUUUACACGGGACGACGACGGGGACGGGGGGUAUCGCGUUGACGAGUAAUGUGAGCGGGACGAGCAGUGUCCCGUAUGCGUUCGCGUUGCCGGUGCAGUCGGCCGUGAGUACGGGGCUUGUGAACUCUCAAACGACGAGGCAAGCGGAUGAUUCGCCGAUGGUAGGGGUGUGUGUUCAACAGAGCCCGGUAGCGUCGCAUUGACAUCUGCUGAGGACUCGAUCUCAUUCACCAACUUUUUAGGACCCUUUGGUAGUUAGUCGGCUUACACUUCUGAGAAUCACCCCUUGUACCGGUAUCGCGAAUAAAUGUCGCCCUCAGGCUUGUUGUAGUGGUGGUGGUUAUAUAUCUCGUCAAGCUUGCUAUUGCUUUUGGAAAUGUAGUCAACGAAGUCAUAGCUCCGUGUCUGUAGAAACAUAGCAACAGGAAACGUCCAAAGAGUUGAAAGACAUAGCGAAGAAUCUCAAUAGGAUCACGUCUUGGCUGUCCAUGUAGUAAGGUCUGGGCUCAGGUAGCAAUAUGAUACAAAUAGGCAUCAUCACCGUGAAUUUCGCAUCGUCGUGGUGAUCUCUACAAACUGGUUACAACGUACCCCAUCGAUGAGAGGAACCCAUCUCAGGAGCCGUCUCCUACCUUUCCCCCCCUCUUCAUAAACCUCAUAAAACCUCAUCCUUGUGGAUAUUUCCUAGAAACGGUCCGGAGCCUGUCGCAGUUCUCACUACAUCAUCAACUAUGGAGCACCAUGGAAUUCCCAAGAACUCUACCACUCUAAUCAAUCAUCCACAGAAUGUUUUGCCUCGCGAAAGGCACAUUUAUAAGUCGGUGUUCCAUGUGUUUCAUCUUUUGAAGUGUCGGAAUUCUUUGAGUUGGCAACACCAGGCUGCACAAGAUCACUUCAUGGUUUUUAGCACUACCCGAUCUCUUACAUUACCAUUACCCUACACAGUCAGUAGCAGGGUGGCGGUUGUUUUAAUACAUUUGACAUCUUUUUUAUAAAUAUUUUAAAUCAAUGUAAAAUGUGUUUUUGUAAGAAAAUAUUUUUAAUUGUGCCAACCCUGAACGGUCGUGUCUGUUACCAGAACUUGGGGAGUGUUUCACAGAUCAAUUCAUCGGUCAUUUUCACAGUCAAGCUGUUAUAAGCUACUCGAAUCCCUGGAUCUGAUUGGUCAAAAAUAGAUUUGUCAGUGAUAAUGACUGACGAGUCAACCUGUGAACUUUCCUUGGGAGAGUUUCACAAAUCGAUUUACGUCAAUUUCUACAGACAAACUGUUAAAGGCUACUCAAAUUCUUUCAUCCGAUUGGCUAAGAUCAAAUUUGCCAUUAUAAAUCACCGACAAGACAUUCUGUAAACCCAUCUCCUGGGGGAAUGUUUCACAAAUUUGAUUCAUCAUCAGUUUUUACAGACAAACUGAAAAGCUUCUCGAAUCCUUGCAUCUUGGCUAAUGGCAAAUUAAUUCAUAAAUUGUCAGUGAAAGUCAGUGAUAAGACAUUCUGUGAAACUCUUGCCAGGCUUAAGUAUGAACAUUCCCCCCUGCAUCACGAUGUAUUACACAGCUUGUAUGAACACCCCACGUACCCUGCUACUAAAUUAUAUAGCACCAUCAGAUAUAUACCUCACACGGAACAAGGUCAGAGAUUAUUUUGUUAAUUGUUCUUGGAGGUUUGAGUUCAGAUUAAUUGGAGUUGCAACUAUUUCUCGUAUCGAAAAUGUAUAUUGCAUCGUCAAGGAUUCACUUUUACCUCAUAUGUAGAAGAAAACAUGUGGAGAUCGUUUGGCUGAAUCGGUAGUUUUGAAGAAAAAAAAUGGAUUUACAAAACGGACUAUUUUCUGUAUAUUUUUAAAACAUCUUACCUCGAUUUUAACAAAUGUAAAGUCUUUGAGACUGUUUCUGUUACUACUCAUGAGUAAAUGAGUUUUUAUUGAGAAACCACUCAACGUCGUCUGCUUCUCAGAUGUAUGGAAAUUUCAAGAAAUUAAAUGUAUUCAGCAAAAUAAUGACACGAUCACGGCCUUCCAUCCAACGUUAAAGAUUUUUAAUGGAAAAUAUUUCAGAAAUAUUAACCAUGCUUUCAAAAUAAAGGUAGACAAGAAUAAGUUUAAUGAGGGACGGUUUUCAUGAAAGGAUUUGGAUGAUGAUUUAUCCGACAAGGACUUGUUUUAUCUGACAGUUACCAUAGUAACAGUCUAUUACUUAAAUUUCUCAGCCAAUCAAAAUCAAGGAAGGUUGUCACAUCUUACUUGUUGUCGGACAAAUGAAAUGCUCUCUCCAGGGGAGCAUUUCAUGAAACUGUUAUAAGCUGUUAUAAGCUACCGAAAUCCUUGCAUCUGAUUGGCUCAGAGCAAAUUCAACAGUGAAAAUCACGUACAAGAUUUUUUAUGAAACACUCCCCUGGCUAUCCCUUUUUUUUUUACUCUGGAAGUUUGAAAGUUACAUCAAGCUCCUUCUAAAUCCUCAAAGUAACAGAACAAGAUAAGAAUGAAGAAAGUCUGUUUUAAUGUGAUUGAACUUUUAAUCAUAAAAACCGUUGCAAUGCAGCUGAAUUUCUCUUUAUUUCACUCUUUUUCUCUAUUUUCUUCAAAAUCAGUAUUGAAUGGAUUAUCAAAUAUUCUGAAUUGCCCCUUAAUUGAAUUUAAUCUAUUGUAUUGACCUCAUGGAUUUGGGGGCUUUAAUAUUAUAGUAUUCAGGGAGUUUGAGGUCCUAAAAUUGUAUUGGAAUUACAUGUAAAGGGGAAAAUGUUGCGAUUUAAUGAUAAAAAUUUACUUCUCUCCGGAACAACCGUUCUGAUGCUGUACAAUUUUUUAAAAUUGCAAGGUCCCAUAUGGGUCCCGUAACACAAAGGUUAGCAAUUAAUCGUAAGAUUCAUUUUUACGAUUAAUUGUACAUUGUAGUCAAUGCAAUCAAUCGUAAAAGAAUGUUGUACGAUCAUUGCUAAGCUUUGUGCUACAGGCCCCCCGACGUGUAUCACGUUGUGAAUCCAGAGACGAACGGUCGGGUGCGAAAUCAAAAGCUACAGUAUGGAAAAAUGAAAAUAUGGGAGUUCUCGUAGCAAGGAGUUACUGUACUCCACCCUUUGUUUUUGAAAUACAGCAUUUUAAAAACUUUUGAAAUUGUACAUCCAGGUUUUUAUGGUUUUAUCCGGUUCUGGAGGUUAGAUAGGUAUUCUUGCCAGUGAAUGAUUUUUUUUAUCACUUGCUCUAUUUUUAUGGUGUCUGUGAACAAAACUGGAGUUGUAAAAUAAAAGUAAGAGAAAAUGAAAAAAUCUACCUCCGUAUAGCCCCAUAUAUUCAAUUUUCCGUAAGUAUGUGUUCUCUGAUGAAAAUACACAGAAAUAGUGUCCACGUCUCUGAUGUUUAUCUCAAUCCUGCUCCCUUUUUUUAUCUUUUAAUGUUUCUUAUUGUAAUUGCCAGAACGAUUCCAUUUUAAUAAAUUAUACCUUAAUGUCAACACAAAUUUUAGACAAUGCGACGAAUACCCCUUUCUUAGUGCCAUGUUUUAUUAAUGCUGAAAGGGCAUAAACAAUUUUCAGCAAAUACUGACACAAAAGUCGUCUCAUGGGUUUGUACCGAGAAAUGGGUAGGUCUCUGUGUUUUUUUAAACGGUGGUACGGUGUAUAUUUCAUCUUUAACAUGAUUAUUAAUUUUGUGGCAUGAGGGGGGGGGGGGGCACGAUUGUUCUCUUACCCCUUCCCCAUCACUUUUUACCCCCCUGCCCACGGGAACCAAGGAAGAUGUGUCCAUUUUUUUGUUUACGAGUCACACAUUGUAAAUUUUAAUAUGUUGGAAUUCCUCAAGUCAGUUCCGGUGCAACUCUUUACUCUCUCUCUCUCUCUCUCACUAUCUCAAAGUAGAUGUAGAUAGUUAGGUUCGUACGGUUUAGGUGAAUUUUAAUGUGAUUUUGAUCAGAUUACCUCGAGUUUGAGAUGUACACUUUUCCUCUUCUCCAAAUCGCUGUUCUCCACCAUUAUUUAUACAUUUGUCACUGCAUUCUUAUUUGGCUGCCUGCCUUGUUAUCUUGUAUCUAUUUAUUUCCUCUUUUCAAAUUUUCUUCAUGUUUCAUCUCUCUCCUAAGUCUAUUUGAACUGUAAUUUCCAAUUACUUGUUUGAUCUUUAUUCUUCAUGCUUCAAGCUCUUUGUUCUUUCUGCGUUUCUAUCUGUUAUUCUUUCAUUCUCUUUUUCUAUCUCUCUCACACACUCGUGGACUUUAUCUAUCUAUCUAUUUUUCUAUAUUUCACUCUUCGUAUAUUUCACCUCAUCUCUCUUUCCACCUAUCAAUCCAUCCAUCUAUCUAUUGUUCUAUCUAUCUUAUCUAUCUAUCUAUUUAUCGUUCUAUCUAUCUAUCCUUCUAUCUAUCUAUCUAUCCUUCUUUGUAUCAAACUCUUAUGUACAUUGUAAAGAUGAAAGAACUGUAAAGAUUAAAAAGAGAGAUUUACGUAGAUGAAAGGAAACGAUACUGUACAGAACAGCAUACGUGUUGUACCUAUUUUUUGAAUCAUGUAUAUAGUAAAUUAUGAGGUCGGGUACGACAAAACACAAAAAAAAGUUGAAAAUGUUAUUAUGAAUAUUAUGAAUGGCAGAUGGUUUCCAUGGUUUUUAACAGAUAUAAUGAAUAUUUUCUCUUUUAUUCUAUGCUCAGAUUUCCUCUUGGUUUUAAAUUAUCUAUCAGCUAUUGUGUCAAUAGUUGUUGUUUUUUAGUCAGAUAUGUCCCCCCCCCCCCCCCCAUUGUAUUGACCAUUUUGCACGAUAAUUUGUUUUUUUAUUCUUGAUUUUUGAGGUUUUAAUAUUGUAGAAUUAUGCAUGGAUUAUUUUCUUUUUUAAAUAAUUUGUAACUGAUGAUAUGCAUCAUGGGUUUUAAUUUGCGAUCACUUUUUAUCUGUUUUUUAUUUUCAAUGGCGCCAACCUACACAUAUGCUUCAGGAUUUAUAGUGAUACAAAAAUGUUCAUGUCAUAAUUUAAUGAGCAUAAUUCUUUUUUUUUUUUUUUUUUUUUUUUCAGAAAUCAAAUACCCGAAAAUUUUAACUACUUUGCUGUGUAUGCUUCCACUCUAUGAUAAAAUGCUAAAAACUAAGAUCUAUGAGGGAGGGGAUAUGUUCAUUAUCAUUAUUACUGUGGGAAUAUCUUUAUCAUCAUUAUUUCAUAGAAUUCCAAGCAAUGUAAGAUACAACACCUUCAAACAUUGAAUAAUUAAUUAUAGAGCACAAAGAGUUACUUUUUAAGACUUCCAAUUUUGAGAGAGACUUCGUCUUUCUGAGUAGAUAGUAGGAUAGUUUAGAUUAUUUUUCCACCACUUUUAAAAGCUUCUAACUGAAGUAAAACCAAUUGUGUUUAGUCAAAUGGGGGGAAAAAUUGCUGGGGGUUUACACUGCCCAUUAACCUGUCGCAUGUACGUGUUAGGUGCUCUCUGUGUAAAACGUAUUGGAAAUGUAGAAUAUUAAAUGUCAAUGACUUAAUGUUAUUUUUCUUGAUAAAUGAUGAGUGAGAUUGGAAUGUAGACAUUAAAUCCUGAAGCAUAUCGUUUGUUGAAACUUUUCAAAAAAUGCUUAAAACCCUUUUCUGAGAUGGCUUAUUCUUUCUGGUAACUUUUAUUUGUUUUGCGACUUUUUAGUAGCAACUUACCACUGCCCGUUUUCAACGCAUGUACAAACACACCGACACGUUCACCACUUCAUAGCGAUAGCAUUGUAAACUCAAUGGAUUAUUUAUUUCCGUUUUUCUCUUUUCUGCAUUUUUAUGUAAGAACACCAUUGAAGAAACCAUGCGAUUUAAUGAAUGGGUAUCGUUGAUGUGUUCAGGUGUGAGCUGGUUUACGGUUUGAAUAACGUUUCUUUGACGGAUGUCAUGGAUGUGGUUGUGUAAUAUGUAUAACAGGUAAUCAUUUUAAUACAAUUUGUUAUAAAGCAGUACCGGAUUGUCAAAUUUGUGUAUGAUAAUCAGUGGUUAUGGCUGUUGUGUCAGAACAAAAACUUGAUCAUAAUUGUUCCAUAAUUAAAGCCAGUUUUGAAUGUCAGUCUUGUCUGGAGACUUCAAAACCACACUACCGUUUUAAGAGGGACAUAUCACUUUGUCAAUGUGAGUUCAAAGACAUUAUCUUAAACUAAUCUGUUUUGCAAUUAAGUCGUGUUCAGAAGUGCAGGAUUUUUUUCCCCAAAACAUGGGCUGCAUUUUUCAAAUUGCACUUUCAUAUCAUAUAGCAUAGAGCCAGGUUGGUGCAUUCAGACAUUGCUUGAUGAAACGUUAUUUGAAACGUAAUUUAGUCAUUUUAAGAAUGGAUUGUGGUGUGAAUGAGGAGGAGGACUUGUGUAUUUCAGCCCACACCACGCAAUAAAUUGUCUUGUAGCACACCGUCUGCAGUAGUGUAUUUGUAGCCUCUGUCUGUAAGCUAGCCUGGUGCACUGGUGACCCUUUUCUCUCUAGUAGUAUUGUAUAAAGCUGUACUCCGAUUGCAAUCAACAUUGUGACUUUUUACCAGAUCGGGCAUUAGCUUUUUAAAUGUUUUUUAAGAAGACAAGCUACAAAAUUUACAAAGUUACUCUAUCAUGAUAUUUUUCUCUCCCCUCCAGCUAUAUGUGUGUUAAUCUCAGAAGGGCUACUGACUUCCCGUGGUUUUACAGAAGAACAUUUCCAAUUAAUUUUAGUGCGGUAUAAAUGGAAUAUUUGAGAAGUUUUUAACGAGCAACGAGCAUUAUGCUAAAAGCGUUAUGUAAGGUGAAAAAUCAGUAGGUUUGCAGACAAUGACCCAGAUUUGACCCUGACCGAUACACACCAAAUGUGUCUGAUUUAUAAAAGAAAAGUGGCACCUUCUGCCUUUUUGCCAGGCACUCAGCCUAUGAGAAUGGAGCCCCAUAUAAUGUUAUACAGGGCUUGUUCAACAUCAGCUAUGUCAAAAUCAUUAUCUGUAAGUUAUAAAAUCAGUUAUUUUAUAAACUGCACACUCUUCAUAAUACACAGUUAUAUAAUGUUCUAUUUUUUUUCUUUUUGAUAUCUGUAAUAUCCCUAUUUGAUUAUGAAAAUAAUUUGGAAAUGUUACUCUGUAAAGCAAGGAAUUGGCCCACAUUUCCUAGAUUCGUGCAGAUCGUAUCCACUGACAAAAUUUAGGUGUACACAAUUUGAUUCUUUGUAUGUAACUUUGUAAGCCCAUCCUGUUUCCACUGCACCGGUGUGUACAUUUGUGUGCAUUCAUAAUAAGUGCAAGUGGGGUUGUGCACCACACUGUACGCAGCUAGUUUUUGUGCCGCAAACGAAUAUGAUGCAAUCCUGUCACUAUCCUUUUUUAUUGACUCUCUUGUAGAUAUGUUCUUUUACUUUUUAUUUUCCUUGUCUCUUUUUAGAAAUUAAUGAAAUUAUCGCGAAUGUAAUCUUUGAGGAUUGAUAUAGGAAUGGCAACAAGUUUUAAAAUGCAUUUUUGGGAGUUUUCCAUCCAUAAUGGACACCUUUUUUGUCUUGUAAAUAGUCAUCUAUUAUCAAUGUGCUCAAUUAAUUAAAACCAUUUCUGCCAUCAACAAAA